CUCUAAUCUCUGAUCUCUUGGAUUAUUCUCCAAACGGAAGUUUGCUCGUGCGCCCUGCGCACCUGCGCGCGCGCGCUCAUGUCUGAGCUCCUGGCGCUGCUCUGCGGUUCUUCCUCUCUGCCUGUCUUCCUGUUUUCUUUGCGGAAUCUUCAUGGAUUAUGUGAAAAGCAGCGCGCAAAGGUGAAGAUCAUGUGUGCGUCUGGCGCGUGCGGGCGCACUCUGGAUUAAGCGCGGACUUUUCCAGCUGUUGGUUCCGCGGAGGCGCUUCGGUCUCCCGGGAUGGACGCCGGGCUGAGACCCAGACUCUGCUUUUUGGUGAGAGGGGAGCGGGGGUACGGCUUCCACCUGCACGGGGAGCGGAACCGUGGGGGGCAGUUCAUCCGCAAGGUGGAGCCCGGAUCCUCCGCUGACCUGGCCGGGCUCCAGGCGGGAGACCGGCUCGUGGAGGUGAACGGGGUGAACGUGGAGAACGAUUCCCACCAACAGGUGGUGACCCGAAUCUGCGAGGUGACCCACCGCACGCGGCUGCUGGUGGUGGACCGAGAAACGGACGAGUACCUCCGCAGCCAGGAGCGCGCCUGCACCGAGGACCUGGCCAUCGAGAUGGGGACUCUGUCCCCACGCCCCUCUCCCAAGCCCACCCCCUGUGCGUCGCCCAUAUCCAGAGAAAACUCCCCCCUGACUCUGAAACUGGACAACAAACAUUUCCGCUUCCCGACCUCUGAGACCCCCCCUCCCAGAACCCCGCCGGAGGAGGCGCAGAGAACCGAGCUGGCGGGAUCAGGAACGGACACGGAGCUGCAGGAUGAGCCCUCCCCGGAGCCAGAGAUGGAGCUCCUGCCGCGUCUGUGCCACCUGCAGAGGGGGGAGCAGGGAUACGGCUUUAACCUGCACAGCGACAAGAAGAAGACGGGACAGUUUGUGCGCACGGUGGACCCCGACUCCCCCGCUGAGAGGGCGGGCGUCCGGCCCGGAGACAGAAUCGUGGAGGUAAACGGUGUGAACAUUGGGGGGCUGAGGCACUCAGAGGUGGUGGAGCUCAUCAAAGCCAGAGGGAAUGAAGUGCGCCUCCUGGUGGUUGACCAGGAGACGGACGAACUCUUUCUCCGACUGCAGAUCACUCCGACGAGGAAACACAUCACAGAAGUCUAUGUGGAUGAUAGACCAGGAGAAGAUGGGUUCCACCUCCCUGCUGCCUCCUCUAACCUCCCCACCACUGAAGCUUUGAUCAUAAACGUUACUCUGGCUGACGGCCCCUUCACAAACUUGUCACCAAAAUCCAGAGCCAACGGGAGCUCAGCAUCCCACUCCUCCAGGAGUUCCACCACCCAAUCAGAGAUCAGCAGCUCAGACAUGAGCUUCCAGGUUCCACAGGAUGACGACCGGCGGGUCUCGGACCCUUUCAUAGACAGUGGCCUGUCCUUGAGUCCGACAGCUGCUGAGGCCAAGAAAAAAGUCCUCGCCACCCGCCACAGGAGGAGGGCCCCCCCAAUGGACUGGAGCAAGAAACAGGAGCUCUUUAGCAACUUCUGACCCAGCAUUCCUCUUUACGUCGCCCCCACCCCACUCUAGCUCAGCAGUGGGAGGACCUGUCCCCUCUAAAAGGAUUUAUGGUUCCCACAUGAACCCCCCCUCCCCCCUCUAGUUUUUUAAUACCUAUGAGCUGGACAGAGCUAUAAAAACUGACCAACUUUGGAUUGAACCAUUUCAUCUGUGAGGGGUCCACUUGUGUGGUGCCAUUCAGGGACUGGCGAGCAUGGAGGCAAGCCUGAGUUCUGGGGUUCCGCAUGGUCUGAAAGUCUGGGCAGAUCAGCAAAGUGUGUGUUUGCUCAUGUUUGUACACAAAUUAGGAGCAAGAUUACUAGACUGCUGAUAACCAGAUAACAAAUAACCGGAAGGCUGAUAAAUGAGCGCCUCAUCACUGAUAGCCAGAUGGCUGCUGAUGGGAGUCCUAACCAGGCGAUCACUGGAUGUUGGUGGCCAUCUGAUGAUAGCACUAACAAGACAGUGGCUGACCGGACAGCUGAAGACCCAGUAGCUAACAAUUGGACAACUGCUUACCUGGCUAAAGCUAACCUGAUGACCACAAACCAGUCAAUCACUGACAGGAAAACAGCUUAACCAACAACUUCUGAUUGGACUGUCACUAGAUGACUCCUCACCAGAUGACCAAUAAGUGAACAGCCAACUACCAGUUGGUUGUUACUGAGGAUGGAAGACAGAUAACAUAAUAACAACUAACCAGGCGAUUGUUGACUGGAUGGCCAAUAACAGGAUGGCUGCUAACCUAGAACCAGCUAACUAAAUGGCCAAUAACCAGACAGCUGCUAACUGCACAGAUGAUAAACGAAUGACCGCAGACUGGACAGCUGGUAACCUGAUGACUGCAAACCUACAAACGGGUAAUCAGACUACCAAUGAUUAGAUGGGAUGACUGCUAAUUGGACAGUUGCUAUGUGGAUGACUGAUAGCUGGACGGACGCGCACCUAACAAAAGAUGAAAAGAUAGUUUCUGACUGGAAGCCCAGUAAACGGCUGACCGUACAGAUGACUGGACAACUGCUGAUAGUAUAGCUGGUAAAUGUAAAGACAGUAGAUGGCUGAUCGAUGACUGGAUGGCACAGUCGGACGGCCACUCACAGGAGAACUGGACAGUCACUGACAUGAGCACAGGCUAACCAGGCGUCCACUGACUCAAAAGUGGUUAACGGGACAGCUACUAACUUAGCGACAGAUAGACCACUAACCGGAGGACUGCUGACUUAAUAGUCCCGGACUGGAAGGCCAGUACAACAGAUACCUGCACCAACACUAACUGGAUGACCGCUGACUGGACUGAUCCAAACUGCACAGGUGAUAAAAGGAUGACCACAGACUGGAUGGCUGAUGACUGAAUGGCUGCACACUUAACUUCUAAUCGGACCGCCACUAACCGGAGGACACAAAGUGUAGUUUUGUCUUCUUUAGUGUCACUGACAGCAGCUCCAAACCAGAAAAUGAAAAACAGUUUUUAAAGAGACUGACUCAGAAUUACAAGAGCCUCUGCACAAAGAUUUUCCCUAGAAUCUCUCUUUUUUUUAAAAGAAAAUUGGGUUAAUUACAUUUUUAAGAAGCAGAAAAGUUCGAUUUUUUUUAAUAGGUUUUUUGUUAAGUUUUAAGUCUUAAUGUAUCAAAGCUUGUUCCCGUUUAGCAUCAAAUAACCAUAUAAGGGCAUGGAAGUGUUUGGCUGUGCGCACAGGUAGAUACUGACGGCAAAUGUGACCAAACAGACCAAUCAGAGGAGCAGCAGUAAUACACAGUUAUGCAGACGAGCACUUUAGCACUUUAGUUCUUGUCUAUUGCUUUGAGCGCCUGCACUCAUGAGACGUGUUUUCUUUGUCUAAUGUUGACAAAUUUCAAACAACUUACCAAUGAUUUCUGUUUGACAAUAGCUCAGCCAAGAUGUUUAAUCAUGUUUAGAGAUUCCAUUCACUGUAAGUGUAAGAAAAAAAAUAGAAGUUAUGUAAAUCUUCAUUGCCAAUCACAUUCCAAAGAGAUUUCUGCAAAUAAACUUUUGAGAACUGAACUUUAAUUGCUGAAGCUUUCUGAUGGAUGUUUGAGCUUUUCCAAUUUUAUGAUCAGAUCAGCAGGAAUUUUGCACCAACCCCGUACACAUUUCAUGAAAUUUGUCCUGCAAUAAACUAAACUGCAAUAACUAAA